GAUACAGACAAGGUCGACACGUCUGGGAAAUAACCUGGGAACGAGACGAACGAGGCUCCCACGCGGUUAUCGGAAUCGCUCUUCCCCAGGCACCCCUUCAGUGUCUGAGUUACCAGCCACUGAUUGGAUCCAACUCAGAAUCGUGGGGAUGGAAUUUAAGCAAAAAGGUGACUUUCCACGACGGACAGGAGUCUGCUUAUCCGGCGAACAAUCCGAGAUUUUUCGUUCCUGAUACAGUUUACUGUAUACUGGACAUGGACAACCUUACUCUGAGUUUUGCAACAGAGAACGCAUAUCUCGGGGUGGCGUUUCGUAAUUUACCUCGCCAUCCACUGAAGCCUUUGUGCCCAUGCGCAAGUGCGGUUUAUGGAAACUGUGACAUCAAAAUGAGGUAUAUGGGAAGGGGAGACGCCUUUAUUGCCAAGUUAGAAGCGUCAAAAGAGAAAGCUUCGCGCCCAUCUACUUCCCCUGCAGUCAAGCCCUCACCGCAAUCACCUGGUCGCAAGUCUCCUCUUCAGUCUCCAAGGACUACCUCUCCAACCCAAGCUCCAAGUUUCUCUAACGACUCAGCGAAUUCCUCGGAGUCAUACAAGUUUUCUCACAACUGUGGAGAUAACAUUACUAUGAUGCACGGGGGAAAGAAAGCCAAGAGGAUCGAUGCCCUACAGAUUUUCAACCAUGGAGUUGUGAUGACUGUACAACCUUUAAAAGAUGAUGAACUGUUUGAAGUACGCUUGGACAGUAAAGUGCCAAAGUGGUUUGGCACUCUAGACAUUGGAGCCACGACAGUCUCCCCUGAAGGCCUGGAAUUUCCUCCGUCAAUGGACCGCUUUCGACAAGGCGUGACGUUUGCACUCUGUGGAGAUAAAAUACUACAUAACGGAAAAGAAAUGACAAAGAUAUCCAAGGACUUGAAUGAUUUGACGGUUGGAGGUCGAGUGGGAGUGAUGCGCAAGUCAGACAAUUCAUUGCAUUUUUUCAUAAACGGAGUAAAUGUUGGCAAGCAGGUCAAAACCCUUCCGCCUGUUCUUUAUGGCGUUGUGGAUGUAUUCGGUCAAGCUGAAGAAGUAACCAUAACUGGUGGUACAGCGGAAACUCAAAGCAGUAACCAGGAUGAGGUGGACUCUGUCUCCGUUAUGGUGCGCAUGCACAACAUCAUCAACACCGUAAAAGAUGAAAAGUUUAACGAUAUUUUGUUUGUAGUCAGAAAAGUGGCGAAAGAUAUUCUAGAGCCUUAUUGCGAAACAGACGACAGGCAGCUUCGCCUGAAGUAUGGUGACCAUUUGUCAGAUAUCAGUGCUCCUGAAUACCUGACCAGGCUUCUUCGCCGGGUGAUGGACAUGGGGAUGGAGACUCAAGCAGGGUGGCUCGGCAUGUGCGUGAUUCGUAAAGUAUUUUGGAAUUACGCGGACGCCAGCUUAAAAAUGGCGAGAGGUUUGGGACGAAGUGGGUCACUAAAGAUUAUGUUAAAUGAUUUGGACACCUUUGGCCCCAACAGUUCCAAAAAUGAGAAAAAGAAAUUCCUGGUUUCUUCUGCGAUGAAUAUUCUGAACAACUGCUCUAAAGCUGCAGAAAAUCGUCAGAUCCUGCUUGAUCUGAGAGCGAUUGAGAGGAUUUCACCAUUCCUAAAGGCAGAUGAUAUGGAAACUGUUGUGACGGCCACAUUGACGCUUGCAUACAUAUCCUCCGAUGACCAGAAAAAACGUUUGGAAGCAGAGAGCAGAGUAAUAAGUUAUCUGAUCGGUUUACUACGAAAUGCACUGAAUCAGUCCGACUUACGAGGAAGAUCGGGUGGGAGCGCGUGGUCUGCUCAAGAAAUCGCAGAUGGUUUGGGUAACCUGGUGGUGAAUGAAAAGAACAUGGAGGUUAUGCUAGAGAGAGAUGUUGUUCCAUUAAUGAUAUUGCUCCUCGAGAAAGGUGGGGAUACUGAAAAAGAGUGUGCAGCUAAUACCCUAUGGAUUAUCGCGAAGACAUCGAAAGGGAAAGCAAAGAUAAAGGAAACUCCAGCUGCUAUAGAAGAGCUAACUCGCUUGAGCAAAAGGUCCAACCAGUCUGUGCAGGCGGCAGCCAAGAGAGUCCUUCUUGAGCUUAAGGAAACCACCUUCACCCAAGGUUCAGCAAACAAACAACCAAGAAUACACUGUGACUAUCAAGAGAAAUGCCACACCUUCAAGUCAUCACUCAAGCUUUCAGGCGUCUUUUUUGAUCCAAAGUUUGACAGAUGCUUCUGUACAGAGUGUCACGCUGCCCGAGGCGACAAACUCUACUAUACUCGAGGGCAGCCAGCAAAGGACUACGGGAUACCAAUAGGAUGGUGUCGGUUUGGACUCAUGGUCCAUCCUCGAGCUAAGGCCUUGGACGUGUUUAACAAGUGGCACGUAGCAUUUCAUGGCACAAGAGUCGAAAGUGUAAGCGCGAUCCUGGAAUGCGGUGAUCUUCUUAUCCCAGGCGACGUUGCACUCGGAGGAAGGAAAUUAAGUGAGGUGGAUGGACAUUUUAAUGACAACAGAAAACCGACAGGGUUUGACACAAAACAGAUCUUUGUAUCACCGAGUGUGCGGUAUUCGGGACACAACUGCUAUGCAAAACCUAAAAGUUUUACCCACCCAUCAACCAACAAAACUUACAGCACCAAGGCAGUUCUUCAACUCUGCAUCAACCCAGACAGCUACCAAGUUGGACCUCAGACAAUCGGUGCUACGGCUGAAAUCGACCCGAAGUUUAGUAACCAAGAAAUUGAAUGGUCUACUAAGGAACGUGGCUCGAUUAUUCUUUACGGACUUCUUGUUAAACUCGAUGAAGAGAACUAAAUUCCUUUUGGCAGUUUUGCGGCACAUCUGAAUCUCUCCUCUGGAGCACUUUCAUUCAAGGGACAUAAACUUUAGUCCCAAUCGAAGAAGUCUCCUUUUAACCUCUUCAUUAGAAAGGACUCGUGUAUCAAUGGGACACUGUGUAUUCUAUCGUUUUCAAUCGUGAGCGCAUGUACUGUUUUUUUAGUAUGUAAUUUGAGGCCGGUUUUCGAGAACGUCAAACGGUUGUUGUAUGUCGUAGUUAGAAACCUUUCAAAGAUCUGGGUGGCCACUUUGAUCCUUCUUUGAAAGCUCUGAUCAAAUGCUCUCAAACGCUCUCCAACGGUACAAAUGUUUUAUGCAUUUUAAGUGAGAGUGAUUGAGACCGGCCGGUGAUGGCAGCGAAAAGUCCUGUUGUUGUGUUUGUAUCUUGCGUUACAUAGCGUUAUUACUUCAAGGACAUUUCCCGCAUGUACUCAAUCUACUUUCCUUAGUAAAGGAAAAUCAACUAAUCGUGAGUAUUGUAUGGUAAAUCUACUAUCUUGAUCACUGACUGAAGGACAGUUGAAUUAGGGCAACGAAAGGAGUCACUUGAUCAAUGAAUAACUCUACCUUGCGCGAGGCGACUCGCCGGUGAGCAAACGGCAAUCGACCGUUAAAAGGUGUUGAUAGGCUUGUGUGACUCCUGCCAUUCGCUAGCGCUUUUAAAUCUUCUGCUCUCUAAGUUACGCUCUUAUUAAUUAGGAUAUCUCUUAACAACUCUCCUUUGCGAUGUGAUAAUAACGGUUACUUAUAAGACGUCUAUUCCCCAUCUGUAUGUUCUCGAGGUCUGGUUAAGCCGGAUGAGAUUGUGUUACAAAAGGCAAUAUUUUCUUUUGUUCGCACUCUAAGUGCUUUGGUUUUUAAGUAUGCAUUCUCUCCCGCAGGAAAUAAGUCCAGAUGUACGUUUCUCAAAAACUUCAUAUCGGUAUCACUUAUUCUUGAAGCGUAUUUUGAAACUCGGUACGUUUUCAUUGAACGUGGAGCGAGACAUUCGAUCAUGAGAGGUGUUGGGCUUUUCCUUUAACGAAUCCCGUAUUCAUAAUAAACUUGGUGGAAAAAAGUU